UCCUCUCAACAUGAUCAUCUAACUUCGAAUCAAAUGAGGGAAGCUAAAGCCUUGAUACUAAGACUAGAACAAGAGAAAAAAACGGCUAUCCAGGACAUGAUGGACAAACUACAGACUGCGCUGCGGGAAAAAGAUGAGGCUGUGAAGAGCGCCAAUGAAAUGAGGAAAGUUCUGAUGGAGCGUGAGUCUCAAAACGAAGAAAUGAAAAAAGAAAAAGAUGAGUUCUUUCACAAGAUGGAGAAGCAACUUGAAGAGUCGGAGAAGAGGAGGGAAAUUGCUGAGUUGAAGAAGGAGCGAGAAAUUCAAGAGAUGACUGCUAAUUACGAGGCUGCUGCCGCGGCGGAGGAAAAUGAGAGGAAAGCAAUGAUGGAGAAGUUGAAGAGGGACAAGGCGGAGGUGGUGGCAGUAAUGCAGAAGGACAAGAAUGAGAAGCUGGAGGAAAUGUUAGUUGCCAAGGAAAUGGAGUUACAAGGGGCUCUGACUAAGAAAUCAAAGGAAGUGGAGUCGAUGCUGCAAGCGAAAGAAGAAGAGAUGAGGCUGAAAUACAAUGAAAAGGUGAAGGAGAUCGAGUUAGCUGUGGAUGAGAAAGAGCUGCAGAAAGAAGCUGCUUUAAAGGAGAAAGAGAAAGAACUCCAAGCUCUGAGGGAACAAAUGGAAUCGCUGUCACAAAAUCUGCAAAGUAGAACCUCUGAAGCUUCGCGUACUGGACAGGAACAGGCUAAUAAGAUGUCUAACCUCUUGGCUGAGCUGCAGAAAACGUCUGUUGAAAAGAAAGAAAUGGAGCAGAAGCUAUCAGAGACUCAGCACAAAUUAGACCAAGAACAGGCUAAAAUCGCGGAGAUGAUCCAGCAACACAAUAAUCUUCUGCAAGAAAAACAGGAAGAACAUCAGAAAAUUUUAACCAAAUUCAAAAAAAUGCAUCAAACAAAAAUGAGCGAAAUAUCCGAAAGUGCCAAGAAAGCCGAACAAAAAGUGGCCGAAUUGGAGAAACAGCGAAAAGCCGACGGAGAGAAACAUAUGAAAGACUUGGAGGAGAAAGAGCGACAGUUCGAGGCUGAUAAGCAGUCAGAACUUGCCCGCGUCUCCAAACGAAUGGAAAGUAAAACCAACGAGAUGAAAAAGAUUGUUAAGGAACUUAGAACAAAGCUCACUGAAAAAGAAAACCAGGCGAAGGAACUUGAGGAGAAAGUUAACAUCAUGCAACAAGAAACUGAGUCGGAAAAAAGUGCGAGUGUAAAUGACUUUGAAAAGAAAAUUGCUGAUGCUAUGAAAGUCGCCGAAGAUUUGCGUAAAGAACUAAUACAAAAAGAUAGUACAGUUAAUGACCUCGAGAAUAAAGUUAAAGAAAUUGAAGGCAAGAAAGUAAGCGAAGUGGAGGAGUUGACGAAAGACCGGGACAAUCGUUUGAAGGAAAAAGAGAGAGAAUUAGUUGACGUUAAAGGGAAGCUAACGGAAAAAGAAUAUUACUCCAAGGAACUGGAAAAACAACUUCUCGAAAUGAAAACCGAGAAGGAUCAUGAAAUCGAAGCUGUCAAGCAAAAGGCAAUCGUGAAAGUUAAAGAACUAGAAGCGGCCUUUAAUAGCAAACGAGAGGAAGAACUAAAAGUUUUAAGUUCGGAGAAGGAGAAAGAACACGUGGCAGUUAAAGAGGUGGAAAGUAAAAAGAACGAGCUUGAAAAAGUGAACAGUGAGUUAAAGGAGAAGUUAAAGACUUCCACAGAAAAUGAAGAUAAACUAAAGGAAGAAUUGGCCGGGUUGAACCAGAAGUAUAAAACUCAAUUUGAAAAUUUCAAACAGAAAUACCAAACUGACGUCCAAAAGUACAAAGAGCAGUUACUCCUUGCCGAAGAAAAAAGUCUUCAGAGUGUCUCAGAAAGCAAAAGUAGUUACGAGAAAAUGGUCGCAGGUUUGAAGGAGGGAUAUGAGCAAAGUAUUCAGAAACUUCAAGAAGAGAAAUUGCUCAUUGAGGAGAAAUGGAAACUUGAGUUGGAAAAGGUUCGCGAAAGUAAAAAGAACGAGCUUGAAAAAUUGAACAAUGAGUUGAAGGAGAAGUUAAAGGCUUCCACAGAGAAUGAAGAUAAACUCAAGGAAGAAUUGACCGGAUUGAACCUGAAGUAUAAAACUCAAUUUGAAAAUUUCAAACAGAAAUAUCAAACUGACGUUCAAGAGCACAAAGAACAAUUGCUCCUUGCGGAAGAAAAAAGUCUUCAGAGUGCCUCGGAAAGGAAAAGCCACGAGAAAAUGGUCGCAGGUUUGAAAGAGGAAUAUGAGCAGAGUAUUAAGAAACUUCAAGACGAGAAAUUGCUUAUUGAGGAGAAGUGGAAACUUGAGUUGGAAAAGGUUCGCCGAGACUUCAAUAGCAAAGCAGCUUUGAGCGAGAAAUCUCUCAGCGAUAAAAACUCACAAAUUGCUGAAUUGAGUAACAAGAUUCAAAGUUUAACAAGCCAAAUGAAUGAACAAAAGGAGCAAUCGCAGCGAAAUGUCGAUGAACUAAGUCAAAGCAUAACACUGCGAGAGGAAAAGAUUGGAAAACUGAAAGAAACUCUGAAACUCGAACAAGAAGCGCUUAAAACGCAGAAGAAGCAACACGACGAGAAAAUGGAACUGAAAGAAAAGGAAGUGACGGAAUUGAUUAUUAAAAUGGAAAAGGAAUUCAAUGACCAGCUGCUUGAAAAAGAGGACGCUAUCAAGGAGAAACUGCACGAAAUUGCUCAGCAUCAUGAUAUGGGAGUCAAGGAUGCAACAGCGAACUUAGAAAAUAUGAGGAAAGAAGAACUAACGAAGCUUGAGGAGCGGCAUCAGGCGGAAGUAUCUGAACUGAACUUGGGCUGGGAGAACAAAGUCGUGAGUAUACGCAAAGAAAACGAAGAGACUAUGGAGAAAUUUUUGAACGAAGCAAGAGAAAAGGAAGAGAAUAUGACAAAAGAGAAUAUCAACUUGAGGAAUGAAAUUGCUAAGCGAGAGAAAAUACAUCAAGCGAAGACGGAAGAGUUACAAGCCAAAGCGAACGGUGUUUCGGAAGAGAAGGAGUCCGCCAUGGAGAAGGUAAGAGAAUUGGCCGAAGAAAACAAACGUUUUAGACAGCAAAUCGACAAUCUAAACAUGGAAGUGGAAAGUAAGAUAAACGAAAUGACGGAAAGUCAUAAACGCGACAUCGAGGACAUUAAGAAUCAGUCUUUAAAGAACGUUGAGGAACUCGCUCAAGAACAGACAAACGCUUUAGCGAAUCGCGAAAGUGAAUUUGAAAAUGCCAAGAAAGAGGCAGAGGGGCGGUUGAACGAAGCAAUGGGAAGGCACAGAGAAGAAAUCGAGGAGAUGAGGGAUAGUUAUCAAGCCAAGCUGCAGGAAGUCACUAACACUUACCAACAGGAGCUGGCGCAAAUCAGGCAGAUAUACGAGAAGCAGAACAUUGAAAUGGAGAAACUUAAGAAAUAUCACGAAAUUGAACUGAACGAGCUUCGGAAAGGACAUUCCAAGACGAUGGAGGGACUGCUAAAAACGGGCGAGGAAGAUAAGAAUAAAUUUGCUGAUCGAGAACGUGUACACAUCGAAGAAGCGGAAAGGUUAAAAUCCAGGAUAGAAGAACUCGAGGUUGAAAAAUCAAAACAAGUGGAAGAGUUAACACGAUCGCGAGAACAAAGAGCGCAGAAGUUUGCCAUCGAAGAAGCGAACUUGAGAGAGCAGUUUGACCUUCUGAAGAAAAAGAUUUCCGAUGCGGAAACCCAGCAUUGUAGCAAAAUGGAGGAGCUUCGGAAGUAUGCAGAAGAGAAUGAAAAGAAAUUUGGCGUUGAGGAAACCAAGCUAAGAGAGCAAAUCGAUGCACUGAGUAAAGCUGCUGAGGAGAGUAAAGCGGCGUUUGAAAUUGAGAAGCGAAAGUUGAAAGAGCAAAUUCAAGCUUUGGAGGAAAAGCUGGGCGAAACUGAAGCAGUAAAUUCGAUUAAAAUGGACGAACUGAGAUUGUCUGCAGAGCAGAUAAAGACAGCGUUUGAUCACGAGGAGAAAAAGCUGAUCGAAGAAAUUGAUACCCUGAAGAGAACUUACAAACAACAGGCGGAGGAGAUUCGUAGGUUAUCGGAGGACUGUGAAGCUAAGUCUGUACUGGAGGACAAACUUAAGAAAGAAAUUGAACAAUUAAGGGAAAGUCACAAAAAAGAAAUUGGGGAUUUGACGCAGAGAGGCAACGUAGCUCAGACAAAACAUCGUGAAGUGGAGAAUAAAUUAAACGACGAGUUGAACAACUUGAAGAAGGAGUAUGGUAAAAAAACAAAAGAACUUCAAGAGAAUAAAGCUAAGUUGUUAGAGCAAGAAAAGCGAAUGAGAGUAGAGUUAGAGAAAGUUCAAACAGAGGCAAAGCAAACUUCGGAGGCGACGUCUACGAAUUUGCAGAAGAAACUGGAUCAAAUGAAAAAGGAAAGAGAACAAGAAGUUCAGUUGUUGAAUACAAAGUGGAAAGGGAAAUGUGAUGAGAUCAACCAGCGAUACUCAAGUCAGAUACAAAACCUACUGAAGCAACAGGAAGAAGAAAAGAAGACCUUGACUGAAGAGCAUGCGAAAGCAAUAGAGGAAUUAAGGAAUAAAAGCGAAGAGGAACGUGUUGAAUUGGAGGAGAUAGCGAAGAACCAGUUGAGCGAAGCACAGAACACUGCGUCGGACCUGCAGUUAAAGAUAAAAAAGGCAAAGGAAAAAAUCAAAAGUAUUAACGCAAAACACGAGCAAGAGUUAAAAGAAUUGCAAGAAAGUCAAGAGAAAACUGACCAGGAGAUUAAAACUCUACACGAGACGGUGUCUUCUUCGAAGAGAGAAAUGGCCGAGAAGGAGGAAAGCUACGAAAACAAACUAAGAGAGGCUGAAAAACGCCAAGAAGAGUUGCAACUUAGGAUUGUGGCCGGAGAAAGUAACAAUAAAGCUAUCGACGAGAAGUUGGCAGAGCUGAGUCGCGAAAAGCAGGAGGCGCAAGAUGCUGUUGCGACGAAGGAAACAGAGUGGCGGCAUCGAGUGCAGGCACUUGAAGCUGAAAUGGAGAAGAGGACUCAAAGCUUAGAAUCCAAACUGAAAGCGCAAGAGAAAGAACAACACGAAAAGCUUAAGGAAUAUGAGGAUGCCAAGGAACAGCAGUUGUCACAACAAGCGGAGGAACUAAUUGAACAGUAUAAGAACAAGUUGACUGAAAUGAAGAAGAAAGCAGAGAGCAAAAUUGCAGGCUUGAGGAAACAGCUCAAUGCGCAAGCUGUAGAAAAAGAGACAGCAUUGUCCAAAGUGAAGGAGUCGCUAAGCGCGUCAGAAAACAAAUUAAAGGAUCUCAAGGAGAAACAUCAAGGGGAGAUGGAGGGAUUAAAGAAACUUCAUCAAGAGGAGCUAGAGUCCAAACUCCAGGAAUUACGUCAAGCAAAAGCAUUUGAAGGUGAAGGUCGCGAAAAGGAGUUGCAGGGAAGACUUGACAAACUGGAGGCCUCAAACAAAGAGCUUUCAGAAAACAUUGAGAAUCUUCUUGUAGAGAAAAUGGAUGCUCUUCAAGAGCAGGAAUCGGGUCUGAAGGAAGAGCAUGAAUUGGAAAAAGAGAAUCUGCGGAAAGAACAUGCCAGCGAGUUGGAGAAGUGCGAAAAGAAGUGCAAGGCUAAAUUAAGCGAAAAAGAGUUGGACUAUAAUUCGAAAAUCAAACAACUUGUCCGGGAAUUUCAGAUAAAAUACAGUGAAAAGGAAAGAGAGCAACAGGAAAUGUUAGGGCAAGUGAUAGAGAAAGGACAGAAAGAGGAACAGAAGUUGAUGGAUGAGUAUAAAACUGAAAUUGUAGAAUAUCAACGAGAACUCAAACUGCGAGAGGACGAAAUGUUAGCGUUGAAAACAUCCACGGAAGAGCAACUAACGCAAAAAGACAAUGAAUUAACAGAACUUAAAAGAACUCAUUCCGAAGCGUUGCAAAAUGUUGAGAGGGAACAUCAUGAAACGAUACAAGAGAUGGUUCGAAAGAACGAAGCCGAUAUGGAAAAGCUGCAGGAGGAGAAUCGCAGCAAACUAGAAGAGUUGCACGAACGUCAUAAGAACGAGCUGGAAACGCACGCUAGGGAUCGGAAAUCUGAAGUGGCUGCCGUCGAGAAGAAGUUCAAGACUCAAAUGAAAAAGAACCAGAACGAAAUGAAGAAAUUAUUAAAUCAAAAAGAGUCAUUCAUUCAAGCACAGAGUGUGAGUUUGACCGACGCUGAACCCGGACAGCUACAGAGAGCUGGGUCAUCUUCGUCCCUCAAUAGUGAACCUGUUGCGGAGGAUUCAAGUCAAACAGCGCUGAAGGAACAAAUUACGCGGUUGAGAACAGAAGUCGGUGUCCUGAAGGAGAGAGAGGAAUCACUGAAAUCACAGAUUGAGAAACUCGGUGGAUCUCCACUUCAAGGAAGAAAUCGUCCCGCACAACUGAACCUGGUGUCCAACCCUCUGUCGGACAGCCCAGCUCUGUUAGAUCCAGGCCCUCCCCAGUCGCCAGUGGAACCUACGGAGUUCGAGUAUCUUCGAAAUAUAUUGUACGAAUACAUGAUGGGCCGCGAACGAAAGCAAAUGGCCAAAGUGUUAGUAGCCUUGUUACGGUUCAGCCCCAAACAGCAAAAGGAAAUUUUGCGUAAAGUUGACGAACAAGCAAAUCAGAGUGGCUUCCUAUCGCCGUUUAGGGCGUGACGUUCAGUCUUGUCACGCAACAACAUCAAGAUGCCUUCGAGUGAAAGCAAAGUCGUCGUGGUAUUGACGAUGGCGAAGUAGUUAACCAGUUUUACGGAUAUUUUAGGUUAAAUUAUAUUUUGAAAAAAGUAUUGUUUUCUAGUUAUAUGAUCAUCAACCGAGAAUCUUUUUAGUUUUGACCACUGAUUAGGCCUUUCUUUAAAACUGCGACCGAAAUCCAAAAUUUAUCAUCCGAAAACACAUUCCCACCGCCAUAACAAUGCUCGCGAUUGUGAAUUUUCAAAUUUUCAUUUCCGUGUCAAUCAAAUCAUUGGGCAAAUGAUUUGAUUGGUACGGUUUUAAAUGCUUUUGUAUGACAGGGGAUGUAGUAUAUUCUUCAGUUUUAGAUUUAACAUCUCGGUUGAUUUAAAAAAUGUUAUUAAAUGGACUCUGAUUACUGAAUUAAGGGUGCUUACUUUGAACUUUUGCCAAUUUCCAGAGCAGGUUAAUAUUGCGUAGUAUUGAUAUUAGCCGCUAAUUUUGAGGUCUCUUCAUUCACACCAAAUUAACAUUAUGUUUUGGACCUACAACUCUCCUUUUCUUCCCUUGGUUAUUCUUUGUAACGAACAAACAUGGUUUCAAUUAAGCCACACUGGUAUUUUAAAGACUUACAAGAUUCUGUGGUCAUAGUUAUGUAAAUGAUUGUAGUAAAUUAAAUUAUGUUAAUGGUAGAUAAUAAUUUUAUUUAACACGGAACUCACGAUAUCUCCUAUUUACCAAACUUGCUAGUGCAGGUACCUUCAAAAUUUUAAAAAAAUUCCCUUUUUCUCUUUUUCUUCUUGUCAUGUUGGUUAGUGACAUUGUUAUGACAAGAGUGUACUGGCUGAUUAAUUCAUAGACAUUAUUUUAGCCGAAAUUCUGCAAACGUAAUGACUUUCUGAGUGAUUCCAAGAGCUGACUCCUCAGUCCUCCAAGUUUCUGGAAUGAAGAGUUAUACAUUGCAUUCUAUAUCUUCAAGAAAUAUGUCUAUGACAUCGGUGAACUCAAACAUUUUUUCUUACUUUUGAAGUGUGUUCUUUGUACAUACGACAUGUUUCGCCCAAUUGCUCGUCGGUUGUUUUGAUAAGUUGAUAAAUGGGUGAUCAGAACCUCUCCGUAUUUCUCCAUGCCGAAGUACACUGCCCUCGCCAGAACCUCUCCGUAUUUCUCCAUGCCGAGGUACACUGCCCUCGCCAGACCCUUUUUUUAAGGCAGAAAAUGGAAGAAUGUCUUUAACGUCCUUGGUUUGCAUUCCGUAACAAGAUACAUUAACUGUUGGAGAUUGCGUAGUGUCUUGUCACACACGCACUCCAAUAGAGUCGUUUUAUUCCUUCAACUCCCGACCCAAUGACUGAUACGUGUAACAAUUGUUCUUUUAGUAGGGGGUGGGGGUGAAAAGGGAGGAGUUAUCAAGACCCUCUGACAUCUUUGAAAAUCUUUCUCAUCAUGAAUUAGCAGAAUUACUUCUAGGGUAAUUUUCGGUUUCCUACUCUGACUGCCUUAUUUUUAUCCCGUGGCACUUUAACUGUUAAGGAUAAUGGGUCUUAAUAAAGUAAAGAAUCCCUUCUAUUG